ACAAUUAAUCUAACAUAUAGGUCGUACUAUGGACCUCAACCUUAAUGAGCUUCGUAGUCCUGACUCGGGGCCUAGAGAUUGGUCGAUUCUAUGUUUACAACAGCAGCACCGCUCUCGAGAAGUUUGGGAAGCUGAUCGCACGCGGCCUGUGGAUUCAAAAAAAGUCAGAGUUUGUAGUGCCAAGAAAGGUGUACGAGCAUUGCCAUGGCCGUCACCCCCUGUUUUAGAGUUGAUAUGGCGUGCCCGUUUAGAGGGCCUUUGUUCAUUGCUGUUUGUGUCCGUGGAUUGGGGUCUCAUUAUGGCACUUUUGGAGCGAUGGUGGCCUGAGACACACGUUCCACUUGCGGCCCGGUGAGUCCACAAUCAUGCUACAAGAUGUUGAGGUUUUGUUAGGCAUUCCGGUUGAAGGUAAAGCUGUGACUAGAAAUAAAAACUUGAAGCCCCAUGAUUUGUGUAAGCAUUUAUUGGGGGAAAACACUACAGAAGAGUCGGACAUAAACGGCAUAAAGGUCAAGGCCAGCUUGUUAAGUGAUAGGUUCACUGGCCAAGUAGAGGAAGGGGCUGACCCAGAGGUUGUUGCAUGCCAGGCGCGCGGCUACUUGUUGUUGCUUAUGGGGGAAACCAUAUUUGCUGACCACUCAGGGGGAUAUGUGCACUUGGCUAACCUAGAACGUUUGGAGAACUUUGAUGAAGCUGGGACGUACAGUUGGGGUAGUGGUGCUCUUGCCAAUCUCUACCAUAACCUAUGUCAUGGUUGUAAGGCUGGCAUAAAACAGAUUACUGGCUGCUUCAUACUGUUGCAGGUUUGGGCUUAGGAGCAGUUGCCCUACCUUGCCCCAGGACGAUUAGGGAAGCGUGCUCCAAAGGCUGGUGCUCCACUUAUUGGACAGUGGGACAAUGUAUUUCAUUCCCCUGACUUUGCGACCCAUCUCGUAGGCACUUACAAGUACCACUUUGACAUCCAGAGACCAGAUGAGGUACAUACACAAGUUUGCUUCAAUACCUCUACUCUUUAACUAUUUUCAUGACCAUCUUGUCUCCCUUCUUUACAAAAUAUGUU